AUGAGGCCCCUCCUCUAUAAGAAUGGAGGCCCGAUUAUCACAGUGCGGGUUGAAGAUGAAUAUGGCAGCUACUAUUCCUGUGAUUACGACUACUUUCGUUUCCUGCAGAAGUGUUUCCACGACCACCUGGGUGGCACCAAUUUUGCCUACUGUAAUGGAGCCAACAUGCCCUACCAACCACAGCCCACCAGCUAUGACUAUGAUGCCCCCCUGAGCGAGGCCGGGGGCCUCACUGAGAAGUAUUUUGCUCUGCGGGAUAUUAUUCAGAAGUUUGCAAAAAUACUGGAAGGUCCUAUUCCCCCCAUCCACACCAAACACAUCCUGGUGACCUCGACCCCGAAUACCAUCAUGGUGCUGGAGCUGGAGCGUGCGCCCUGCCAGGACGGUGGCCCGGAACUGUGCACCGUGGAGUUCGUGGACAAGUCAGUUUUUCGCACAGUUCAGGCCGAUAGACAUGCAAACUAG